AUUUUAUUUCUGUCUUAUUAUGGCAGAUAGAAUCGAGACAAAGGAUCUGCCUGCAGUGCUGAAGAUUGAGUCCAAUUUGGGCGAUGGCGACGGCGAUGGAAUACGGCUUGAACAGCAAUCAAACGGAGACGAUUCAUUGAAUUUGGGCAGCGAAUCGAGAUUCAGCACUGAUGAACUGGAGCAACGCAUGAGGCAGCGAUUGGAGAAGCUUGCCGCAUAUGAGAAUGCCCAGAAUGAGGUGGCAAUUGACCAGAAUGUUGGAUCGAAGAAGACGUUGACGUCAGACGUCAGUGAAUGGCCAGACAUUAUUGAAAAUCCGACCCAUCGAAUCAAUACUCUUUCACAGCUGUGAUUUUAAUUGAAUAUAUAAUGUAUUAUUUUUUAUGGCUCUGCUAAUUGUCAUUUACAUUGCAUACAAUUAAUGAGUUGGCGUUUGACUGCACGAUCUUUGGACAGCGGAAAACUACUCAUAGACGCACAACUCAUCAAACUUAUUAAUGAGACAAAUUAAGGGGUUUACUCACAACAAGAUAAUGUGUCAAUUGGAGUAGUGGAAAAUUAUGGCCUAUGGAAAAUUCUAA